AUGAGGAGAACCACCGCCUUCUUCCUCCUCUCGCUCACCAUUCUGCUGGGCACAUCACUCGCCGGCGUCACCGAUGUGUCGCAGGAGGCUCAGCUCAGAAAGUUCCUGUCGUCCAGGGCCUUGAAAAGGCUGACGAAGAGGGCAAGCAGCGCGAACGAUGAUGCCGAAGAAACCGACCCAUGGGCCGACCCCAACGCCUUCGCCCACCUGCCCGAACGCUGCAAGGGCCCGGCGAGCGGCAGCAAGGAAGCCGACCGGGUCCUGGGGCUGCCUGGCCAGCCGCCGCGCGUCAACUUCGAGCAGUACUCGGGGUACGUGACGGUGGACGAGGAGCACGGCCGCGAGCUCUUCUACUACUUCGUCGAGUCCCCCUACGACGCCGCCUCUAAGCCGCUCAUCCUAUGGCUCAACGGAGGGCCAGGAUGCUCGUCGCUGGGAUUCGGUGCCAUGAAGGAGCUGGGCCCGUUCCGUGUCAACCCGGACGGCAAGACCCUGAGGAGGAACAAGCACUCGUGGAACAACCUGGCUAACGUGCUCUUCCUGGAGUCGCCUACGGGCGUCGGAUUCUCUUUCUCGAGGAACGCCAGCGACUACGACACAGAAGGCGACCAGAGGACCGCCGAGGACACGUACGUGUUCCUGGUCAAGUGGCUGGAGAGGUUCCCCGAGUACAAGGGCCGCGACUUCUACAUCAGCGGCGAGAGCUACGGCGGGCACUACGUCCCGCAGCUCGCCACAGUCAUCAUGUACAUGAACCACUACCCGGGCCUGCUGACUCGCGUCAACCUCCAAGGCAUCUUCUUCGGCAACCCGUUGCUUGACGACUACAUGAACGAUAAGGGGGAAUUCGAGUUCCUGUGGAGCCACGGCGUGGCGUCCGACGAGGAAUGGGCGGCGAUCCUCGACAACUGCACCUUCACCCCCUCCGACGACUGGCCGUGCGUCGAUUCGGCGCUCGCGGUCCGGAGAGGGAACAUCGAUAAAUACAACAUCUACGCGCCGGUGUGCCUGCAGUCCGACAACGGCACCAAUUUCGCCAGCAGCCACUCGUUGCCCGGCUACGACCCGUGCAGCAUCCACUACAUCGAGCCGUACCUUAACAACCACGAGGUGAAGCAAGCUCUGCACGCUCGGGUCGACACCAAUUGGACAGGCUGCAGUGGUGAUUUUGACUCCGUAUGCUCAAUCUUGGCGACGCGGUAUUCUGUCAAUGAUCUCAAUCUAACCAUCACGACUAAGUGGCACCCUUGGUACACCCCUGACAGUGAGGUGGGAGGCUAUAUUCAGCAAUACCAAGGAGGCUUUACGUUUGCGUCAGUGAGGGCAGCUGGCCAUUUGGUACCUACUUUCCAGCCAAAGAGAUCACUUGUUCUGCUCUACGCUUUCCUGAAGAACAUGCUCCCUCCUGCUGAUCCCAAGUACAGCCUCCCUACUGGUCUGUUGACCCCAAACUAA